AAAACCUCUCGCCUUCUUUUAACCUCUCUCGCCCUGCUACGAGACGUAGGUCAGUGAUAAAUGUCAACAUAUAAGGAGUGCAAGGAAAUUAGCAGCACGUGCAAACGUCGUCUCAUCGUUGCACUCACACAGGUGCCAGUGCUUUCUGUCGUCUGCAUUGCUCGGUUGGUGGUCCGGAAGCACUCGAAUAAAUAAGUGCCCACCGUUGAAGACACGGCUCCACGAUCAAUUGAAAAAUGGCUUACAAGUGCGAACAAAGCAAAGAAGACGGCGUGGUGAACAAGCUGCCGCCACCUAAGCAGCCGCACAGAGAGCCUGGAGUGGAUACUUGCUGGUACAUGGCUGGCCUCUGCGCACUUGUCACAUUCAUGACAUCGGCGACGAUCCGGUCCUCUGGCUUCCUGUACAUCGGCAUGAUGGAAGAGUUCCGCGUCGAUCGCGGACAGGCCGCGUGGCCCAUUUGCCUCUUCGGUGCCGUCAGCAAUCUAGCUGGAAUUGUUGCUGGCCCUCUGUGCCAGAGGUUCGGACCCGUGCCGGUGAUGUACGCGGGCAGCGUCACGAUGUGGAUGGGCCUAAUCACGAGCAGUUUUUCACCGAACAUAUCGUGGAUGACAGCAACUCUUGGUAUCCUGUUCGGUUUUGGCUCUGGAAUUGUAUUCAUGAUGCUGUUCGUCUUCAUCAACCAGUACUUUGACAAGUAUAAGGGCCUCGCUCUCGGGAUCAUGUACACCGGUUCUACAAGCUCGGCUUUCGUGUUCCCGAGGCUUCUCCUGUUCCUCAAAGAAACGUACAACUUCCGCACCAGCGUUAUGAUCUUUGGUGCCAUUGUGAUGCACGUAACGGCGAUCAGCCUCGUCCUUAAGGAACCUGUUUGGAUUCGCCGAAAGAAACACCAAGAGAAAGUAGCCACCCAGAAUGCUAAGGCAUUGAUUUUCACCAUCGAGAGCGGAGACAUGAAAAUUAUCGCUGAAAAGACCUUAACUGAUAAACCAGCACCCGACCCGAGAAGCUUGCGCUAUGGCCUCACUGUCUUGAAAUGUCCCAUGUUCUAUGUAAUAAUGGUGACGUACAUCAUCUACAACUACAACUUCGAUAUCUUCAUGACAACUGUGCCAGACUUUGCCGUUGAUCGAGGCACAUCUGUGACGGCAGCCGUCGGCUUGGUUCCUCUCUUUUCAAUCACUGACACCGUCGGGCGACUGGGACUUCCGGUGCUGGCGGAUCGUGGUUACCUGAAGCGCAGCACGCUCGUCAUGAUUAAUUAUCUGCUCAUGGGGCUGUGCUUGCUCGCCCUCCCGUGGUCUACCUCCUACGUGUCGAUACUAGCCAUCUGCCUGUGCGUGGCCACUUUCGUCGGUUGUGGAAUGACGAUGUAUCCGGCUAUCAUGGCCGAGUACGUGGGCUUGGAAAGGCUGCCCAUCAGCUAUGGAAUUGUGGGAACGGUGGCUGGUCCUUUGUUCCUGCUGAAACCAUUUCUCAUAGGUUACUUCCGGGACAACAUAGGCGCCUACGACAGCUUGUACACACUUCUGGCGUCUGCACUCAUUGUACUGGCACUCAUUUGGCUUGUGGUCGUCUGCGCUGAAAACAAGAAAAAAGGAACCUGGAGGCUGGAGCAUAAGGGCACCCUGGAUGACUCGCUUGCCGCGGGUGCUAACCGCUGUCAGUUUACGGGAGAAUUCAAGACAUCUGCUUGUCCCAACAGGACAGAGGGACCGACCUAUUAUGUAACAUGA